AUGGUAAAAGGUUCACUAUUAAUUAGCCUGUUGCCUUUCAGCUCCAAUGGCGAUCCCUCCAUCAUAUGUAGACCUUGGCAAAUCUGCCAGAGAUAUCUUCAAUAAAGGAUAUGGUUUUGGCUUGGUGAAACUGGACGUGAAAACAAAAUCUGCAAGUGGAGUGGAAUUCACAACAUCUGGUUCAUCGAACACAGACACUGGAAAAGUGAAUGGGAGCUUGGAGACCAAAUACAAAUGGGCUGAGUAUGGGCUGACUUUCACAGAAAAAUGGAACACAGAUAACACUCUGGGAACAGAAAUUGCAAUUGAAGAUCAGAUUGCCAAAGGCUUGAAGUUGACAUUUGAUACAACUUUCUCACCAAAUACAGGAAAGAAAAGUGGUAAAAUUAAGUCAGCUUAUAAACGUGAAUGCCUAAACCUAGGUUGUGAUGUUGACUUUGAUUUUGCUGGACCUGCAAUCCAUGGUUCAGCUGUCUUUGGUUAUGAAGGCUGGCUUGCUGGUUAUCAGAUGACUUUUGAUAGUGCCAAAUCAAAAUUGACAAGAAACAACUUCUCUGUGGGUUACAAGACUGGAGACUUCCAACUGCACACUAAUGUCAAUGAUGGUUCAGAAUUUGGUGGGUCAAUUUACCAGAAAGUGAGUGACAGUCUUGAAACUGCUGUAAACCUGGCUUGGACAGCAGGUAGCAACAGCACUCGCUUUGGCAUUGCAGCUAAAUACAAGUUGGAUUCCACUGCCUCUAUCUCUGCAAAAGUGAACAAUUCUAGUCUAGUUGGAGUGGGUUACACCCAGACUCUGAGGCCAGGUGUGAAGCUUACACUGUCUGCCCUGAUAGAUGGAAAGAGCAUCAAUGCUGGUGGCCAUAAACUUGGUCUUGGCCUGGAAUUGGAGGCUUAAAAAGGCAAAGAAACUGCUGCAGAGAAGGGAUAUCAGAAGAAUUUGGCCUUAAAAUCUAUUUCCAAUGUGACCAGCAGGCUUUUUUUUUCCAAGAAGGAUGACUUAGAACAACAGCUGUAUUUGAAGUAUUUAGACAGUUACUUGUUAGCUGGUUUCUAGUUAAAUUGGUUACCCAUCUAGUUAAAAUUCUGCAUUAGUGCAGUCACGGAAACAUUAUUUAAGUGUAUUUAACUGUUUAAUGCGCUACCCCCAAAUAAUGAAAUAGACAUUUAUGAAAACUGUACAAUUGUGUGCAUGUUUGUUUUUAUGUUCCUUUCAACAUUCAAUAUUACCAUUGAAUGGAAAAUGGAUCAAUGGAUGUUUUGAAAUAAGGUCAAUGGUUUUGUUAAAUCACCUGAAGUAGAAAUACAUUUGGUAUCCCAAGACAAAUUAUGAAUAAAACAAGUACACACACAUA